AUGGAGGCCACAAAGUCCGAAGCUGGAAGCUUUUUUGAUGAUAUGCACGGAAUUUUUAUUACGGAAGCACGCAUUGCUAAUGGAAAAAACCCACUGCGUGAAAUUAAAGAUAUGGAACCUGUGGUAUCGGGCAUAUCUCAAAUGUCACAGUCUACAUUGCUACUUAAGAAGCGAAAAGAAUUGCGUGAGAUCGACGAUGCUUUAGAUUUUAUGAAAGAAGAGUUUUCGCAGCGCAUGGAAACAUGUGACGCCCGCCAGCGUGAGCUUGACCGUAAGAAAGCUGAAAUGAAAGAGCAAGUGGCACGUUUUGAAAAGUUUAUCAAAGAAAAUGAUAUGAAAAGAACACGAGCCGAAUUAAAGUCUAAAAGCGAACAUCGAAGUGGAGAAAUAAAUGAGGCUCGAAAAAAACAGCUUGUAAUGCAAUUACAAAAGUAUGGACUGGAACGUGAAGCUCUCGAACGCAAACGCGAUCAAAUGCUUAAAUAUCGACAGUAUCUUGAAGCUGUUGUUGAAAUAUCCGACAGUGAAUUUGAAGAAAUUGGUGAUGUCCUUAAUCGGCAUGCUACACUAGUGGAUACGAACAACGAUUUGACAGCUCAGGUUCAAUCUGCAGAAACUGAUACCGACCAACUGCGCCAGCGAAUUCGUACUGUAAAAGCUGAGAUGCAAAACGUUGUGCUUGUUCAAAACAGUAGUAUCCACGAGCAGCAACAACAGCUCGAAACUCUUCGUUCGGAAGCAUUACGAUUAGAUCUAGACAGACAACGCAACGAUCGAAUUGCCAACGACCGAAGCCGAGAAUCCGGUCAGAUCGUGCUCACAGUGACAAACUUGUACAAUCGACUCAAUUUCCGAGACAAACUUUCAGUAUUCCGAGGGAAAGAGAUCGAUGCCACACAACAUGUUCAAAAUUUGCUCAAGACUAUCGCCACAAGGAUUGUCGAUCUUGACUAUAUUGUCAACAAGUUUAAGGAACAGAAUGCAAUGAAGAUUGGAAAUAACAAUAACUCGAGUAGGAAUAACUCAAACAAUGCCAUAAGUGAUGUGACUUGGAAUGAUCGGGCUGAAAAAUUGACAUCAGUAAAAAAUGUAAAAUUGCCACCACUUACUUAA